AUGGCUCCAAAACUUGGGCAGAACUGCAGUACGAGCGUCUAUCUGAUUUUUGCUAUAACUGUGGCAGACUGGGACACUGCAACACCGAGUGCCCAAAAGAGAGAGCGGAGGAGGGAGCUGCGGGAUACGGUACUUGGACGAGAGCCAGAGCUAUCAGAGAGCUGUAUGAACAACCCAAACCCAUAUCGGUUCCGCAAGGUGAGCGAAGGGCCACAACAACCCAAAUCAGAGACGUACCAAUGGAAGGGGGCGGCGCGUGCACCAUGCGCGUGA